UGAUCAUGACGUUAAUGUUCAAAUAGAACGGCUCGCUGCAUUUUUUAGUUGUUUUCCUCUAAGAAUGGAUGGUUUCGGUAAGUCUGUUUGAAUGAAUCGAUUUAUUGUUUUAACUGUGUUCAAGGUCCAACUUCAUACAGGUCCAAAUUCAUACAGACACAUGACUGUAGCAGUACUACUAAUAUGGGAAUUCGCAAUAGCUGACAGAAGUUUGAUAAAUGCAUUAGCAAAGUUCAACGGUAGCUUUCGUUCGUUUCCCCUCGGCCAUGUCAACGUUAUCACGAUGUGCUGCUGGCGGAGAAGAUGUGAGAUACGAAUUCGAUGCCCCAUCUCAUGUCGUCGACUUCGAAAGUCUGGAGAAUGAUGAAGGCGAAGACGUGUGGUUUGAGCAACAGGCUGGAGCAGCAGAUGACUGUCAUGACUGAAGAGGACUCUGGUCCUAGUACAUCCACAUUGCCUCCUCCAAACAUAGUCCCAUCCUGGGGUGCUGGAUCUCCUGCUUGGACUGGUGCACGGCCAAAGAGGAGCGCGGCUGUCCAACCUCCUGCAAAAGCACGCAGGGAGGGUGACAAGCUGGAGAAGGUUCGCACCUUCAAAGCCCGGCCGCUGCCUAAAAGGAUCCUGGAAGGGGUGGUGGGGCUCCCUGAGAAGAAGGUCUGGGAUCUCACGGUGCCAGAGUCCCCAGCUUUUGCCCCAAAGAGGAUUCGUUUGGAGAAGGUCGAGGAAGGGAAAGGAGAGGAGGCAGUGUUCAAAGCCAGGCCCAACACUGUCACCCACAAAGAGCCUUUCCAGCCCAAGAAGGAGGCGCGCACCCCACUGGUGGUGCAGCCCUUUGAGCUCUCGACAGAGCGUCGGGCUUUAGAGCGUCAGGAGUUUGCCCAGCGGCUCAAGGAGAAGGAGGCGCUAAGGAUUAAAAUGGAGGAGGCGCAGAGACAAGAGUGGGAGGAGAAGGAGAAGGAGGAGAUCACAAGGAUGCGGCAGAAACGGGUCCACACUGCUCAGCCCAUCAGGCGCUACAAGCCUGUGACUGUGAAGAAGAGUGAGGUCCCUCUCACUGUCCCACACCCGCCCAACUUCUGACCGCUUGUGAAAAUAAAGUUAAAAUUAAGAUUGGACGGGUCCUUGCACGUUGGGACACUGGCCAGAUUGUUAGAAAUGCGGUCGAGGACGCCUGCGGCGUUCGCAAGUCAGUGGUGUUUGUGUUUCCACCAGUCUUGGAUUGUAAUAUGGAUGUACAGAGGGUAAGGAUAUAAUGAGAAUUGUGAAAUAUGGAGCACUUUAGAUUAAGUGUCUCGAGUUGAAACCACUGUUCAAUUUGUUCUUCUUCUUUGGCACGAUUUAAGUUCAUUUAGUCUAUCAUGAACAUCGUCAAUUGUGAUGUCCUUAAGAGCAGCAAUCAAGGGGCCAAUGUAACUCUGGAUGAGCUGCAUAAGAAAUGGUUUGGCGUUUAACACCAGUCAUGUGGGAGACACUGCAAACAUGUGGAAGAAGGUGCUAUGGUCAGAGACCAAAAUGGACCCUGAACCCAAAACUGCCCAUCAUCUUGAGAACCCCCAUUGAGCACAUGAUCCCAACAUGGGGUGCUAUUGAGGUGCUGGCACCAUUUCACUUUUUAUAUUGGCCAUGUUCAAUGAAAGAGCUAAAUAACUAGAAUAUGUGGCUUUCUGUUACCAGUAGGUGGCUCUGCGGCUGUAAAGAGUUACACAGUAAUUCCAUUUCAGGUAGUACACAUCCCCAGGGUGACACUUGGAGAUAACAAGACAUUCUGAUGUACCAGUCCAAAAUUAAAGCCUCCGAAAAUACCAUACAAUACCCAAUAGCCAAAGGAAAGUGUGAAAGACUGGUUGGCCUGAGACCAUACAAGAAGUAUUUUCUAUUCCUUUUUAUUUAAAAAUACAUUUACAGCAAGAUGGUAUAUACAGGUUUCUGCCCGCGCCGAAGGUAGGAGUCCACUAUGUUGUGUAAAAUUGUGUUGUAUUAAAUGUAUAA